AUGGCAGGAACAAAGAGAAAGCACGACGGAAUGGGUGAUGAGGAGCCCUCUUUGUUUGAGACAAAGUCGCCAUUUCUCCCCAUGUUUGACGCAUUCCGGGCCGAGAUCGAUGAGCACCACGAUCGCAGAGAAAGAAUCAUUAAAGCGUCAAGAGACGUGACUGCUCAAAGUAAGAAGAUCAUAUUCGCAUUACAAAGAGUUCGUGAACUCGGCAAACCCAUUCAUGCUUCGAUCUCGAAGCAAACGACGCCCAUGUACACCACCAUCCGUAACCUGUUACAGAGCGUCGUCCCAGACCUGCAAGGCAUCAAUGCAUUUCGCUACCGCGGCAACAUCAGUGGUGGGAUUCAAGAGUUCAUGGAGGCUGUCACUUUUCAACGCUACCUGGAGACUCAACAGGUCAUGAGGUUUGAGGAGGCGCAGGCACAGCUUCCGGCAGGCAUCUCACUCACUUAUGACGACUAUGCGCUCGGUAUUUUCGACAUGACUGGUGAACUGAUGCGUUUCGCCAUUACGUAUAUGGCCACAAACGGGCACUUGCCGGGAAUAUCAAGAGGAGCAGAGUCGUCCCACAAGUCCUCGAUCUUGACAGACAUGCAAGAUCUGCGCACCGGGCUUGAAGCCCUAGAUGCGAGUCAACUUCGGGGCCUAUCGAAACAUUUUGACGACAAGCUCAAGGUCACGAAAACAUCCGUGGAGAAGGUGGAGAACAGCGUGUAUCAAAUGAUAGUCAGAGGCAAGGAGAGACCCAAGGGCUGGAAACCAGAUUUUUCGUCCGUUGAUGCAGGACGGGACGGCGGAGAAGGCGGUGAGAGUUAUUGA